UGGCCCUCUCUUUUAAUUUGCUUACUGAGCAACCUCUUGAACAGACUUCUUCCUCCAGAUCAGUUUUCUCUGCUCCCCUAUUGUCUGGGGAAACCUGUCUUCUGGAGCUUCGUUCUUGAAAGAUCUCAUGACUUUAAAAUCAUCAGUGGGCUUUGUGUAGCCUGCCUGUCAAAAGAGAUAUGUUUACACCUUCCCUGCAUGUGUUAAAGCUAUAAGGUUACGGAGGAGAAUGGCUGAUACAUUUCAGUGCUUCAUGCUAAUAUGCACAAAAUGUAUUUAUGAUAAUUACAUGGACUGUCUGAAACAAUGCAUUCCAACAUUCUGUAACAUAAAUAAGAAAGGUGGAGCCAGCUGGCUGUAAACAGUUCAUUUGCCAGCAAUCCUGAUCUGCACUAUAUACCUUUUUUACACUGUCUCAGUCUGGCAGUAUUGAACCUGUUGCUGCAGUAGCCGAGUUGUAUUUUGCUAGAUAGGGGAAGGAGGGUUGUCUGCUGUCUGGUAGGAGGGCUUUGUCUGUGUGUGCCUUUCUCUCUCUCUCCCUCUCACACUCUCGCUUGCGCUCUCUCUCUCUCUCUCUCUCUCACUCCCUUUCCCGUCUCUGUGGUUUGUAAGGUAGGUUGCAGUGUGUGUAUAUACACAACAUCAAGAGCAGGAAAAUGGACUCAUUAGGGAGGCAGGCAGUCAUUACCACUCACACUGUACUUCCAGGGAGACAGCGACUAUGAGGAGACAAACUGAGGACUGGGGAACAAGCAGCAUAAAAGAGAAGUGUUAGAAGCUGCUCUUAACCCUUUUGGAGUCGGAAGAGAAAAGGGAACUAGAGGGCUUGACUUCUCCUUUACCUCCUGCAUUUACUCUGACCACAGUCCCUCCCUGUUCUCACAACUGGAGCUCAGCCCUGCUUCCCUUCCUGUUGAUUCCCAGUCAGCUACAUGUUUGUACAUUCUGGUCCUAACAGUUUCCUUAUUUGGCUGAAAUUAACAUUUUUUCCACAUUCAUCGACUGCCUGAAGUUACAUUUUAGAUACUGAAAUCACUGCACCUUAAAAACAAAAAGAUUAAGCUGCACUGCAUUCCUGCCGAGCUGACUCACUGCUGUUGACUCCAUGACCUGCCUCCCAUUUCAACCUCCACCUGUUUAAAAAGUUUAGUAGCUGACAAUAUAUCCCCUGGGAUCGUCUGAGCAGUGGACCAGUAAAAAGCAAACCAAAAGCUGCUGAUAAUCUUCAUGCAGUGAAUUUUACAUUGCAUUGGGUCGUUGUUGACAAUGAUGCCAUCAGUGGCUGGCACUUUUCCUCCAAGGUGCGAGAGAGAAAGAAUUGGCUGGAAUUGCUUUCCAUAUAGCUGGCUUGACAUGCAGCAUUGAAAAGGUCCUUGAUGAUCAGUUUGUGCUCUUCUCCUGAAAGAACCUUUUCUGUGUUUCAUAUGAGGAAACUGAGGCACAGCGAGUUUUGAGUGACUUGUCUAAAUUCACACAGCAAAUCGUUGGCAGAGCCGGGAAAAUAACUUGGGAAUCCUGGAUCACAGGCCCAUGCUCUAACCACUAGGCCACACUGCCUCUCCAAAUUACAGACACAGCCUCUCUCUGUCCCCUGCCCCAAUGAAUGUCUGCACUAGGGCCAAGGCUUGGAGUGAUUUACCUGAAGAGUAACACCAUUUGGAAACCACUGAAGAAACCCAAGACAGCUGAAAACCAGAAGGCGUUUGAGGAGAAUGAGAUUACUCAGACGGGUGCAUGCAGCGCCAAGCCAGGCCUUCCCUGCCUGAACCUUGAAGCUGUUCCACCUCUGAGCCCAGCCCUCACCCACUCAUCACAGUCACCAACAAACCUGCCCGCACACACAGGGUCAUCUGAUUGUAACAUCAGUUGCAAGGGGAUGACAGAGCGCAUUCACAGCAUCAACCUUCACAACUUCAGCAAUUCUGUGCUCGAGACCCUCAACGAGCAGCGCAACCGUGGCCACUUCUGUGACGUGACGGUCCGCAUCCACGGGAGCAUGCUACGCGCCCACCGCUGCGUGCUGGCGGCUGGCAGCCCCUUCUUCCAGGACAAGCUGCUGCUGGGGUACAGUGACAUCGAGAUCCCCUCAGUGGUGUCAGUCCAGUCCGUGCAAAAGCUCAUUGACUUCAUGUACAGUGGGGUGCUGCGGGUCUCACAGUCAGAGGCCCUGCAGAUCCUCACAGCUGCCAGCAUCCUGCAGAUCAAGACUGUGAUCGACGAAUGCACAAGGAUCGUCUCGCAGAACGUGGGGGAGGUCUACCCAGUGAUUCAGGACUCUGGGCAGGAGACGCCCAGGGGGACCCCCGAAUCGGGCACCUCAGGGCAGAGCAGUGACACAGAGUCUGGCUACCUGCAGAGCCACUCGCAGCACAGCGUGGACAGGAUCUACUCAGCUCUCUAUGCCUGUUCCAUGCAGAAUGGCAGUGGGGAGCGCUCCUUCUACAGCGGAGCAGUGGUCAGCCAUCAUGAAACGGCCCUGGGGCUCCCCAGAGACCAUCAUAUGGAAGACCCCAGCUGGAUUACACGGAUCCACGAGCGCUCACAGCAGAUGGAGCGGUACCUCUCCACCACUCCAGAGACCACACACUGCCGCAAGCAACCACGUCCGGUCCGGAUCCAGACCCUGGUGGGCAACAUCCACAUCAAACAGGAGAUGGAGGAUGACUAUGACUACUAUGGCCAGCAGAGGGUGCAGAUCCUGGAGCGUAAUGAGUCUGAGGAAUGCACUGAGGAUACUGACCAAGCCGAAGGCACUGAGAGUGAGCCCAAGGGGGAGAGUUUUGACUCUGGAGUCAGUUCCUCCAUUGGGACUGAGCCUGAUUCCAUGGAGCAGCCGUUCAUGGCUAACCUGGGCCGAGAGGGUCAGCAGGAACCUUCCCAAGCAGAGCAAAAUGAAGUCCCUGCUGAAGGCACACAGACCCAGCCGCAGCACCUAGAUGCCAACACUUCCUCGCCGGACAGAAGCAAUGACAUUGAAAUGGACAGCAAAGUGCUCACUGUCAGUAACAAUAGCGAAAAGGGGGCCUUGCAGCCUUCUGUCAACACAACAGUUGCUCAACCAUUGCCAAGCACCCAGCUCUACUUACGCCAGACAGAAACCCUCACCAGCAAUCUGAGGAUGCCGCUGACCCUGACCAGCAACACACAGGUCAUUGGCACAGCUGGCAACACCUACCUGCCUGCCCUCUUUACCACACAAUCUGCUGGCAGUGGACCUAAACCUUUCCUUUUCAGCCUGCCCCAGCCCUUAGCUGGCCAACAGACACAGUUUGUGACAGUGACCCAGCCUGGCCUGUCAACCUUUACUGCCCAGCUGCCAGCCCCACAGCCCUUGGCCCCAUCUGCGGGCCACAGCACAGCAGGUGGACAGGGUGAAAAAAAGCCUUACGAGUGCACUCUCUGCAACAAGACUUUCACCGCCAAACAGAACUAUGUCAAGCACAUGUUUGUACACACAGGUGAGAAGCCCCACCAAUGCAGCAUCUGUUGGCGCUCCUUCUCCUUAAAGGAUUACCUAAUCAAACACAUGGUGACGCACACUGGCGUGAGGGCCUACCAGUGCAGCAUCUGCAACAAGCGCUUCACCCAGAAGAGCUCCCUCAACGUGCACAUGCGCCUCCACCGUGGGGAGAAGUCCUAUGAGUGCUACAUCUGCAAGAAGAAGUUUUCCCACAAGACCCUUCUGGAGAGGCAUGUGGCUCUGCACAGUGCCACCAACGGCACGACCGGCGCAGCAGGCACCGGCACCAGGGCUGUCCCUGCCGGGGUGGUGGCCUGCACAGAGGGGACCACGUACGUCUGCUCUGUCUGUCCAGCUAAGUUUGACCAAAUCGAGCAUUUCAACGACCACAUGAGGAUGCAUGUGUCAGACGGAUAAGUAGAAUCUCUGUCUCUUUGUUAUGAACAAAAAAAAAAAAUAGAAACAACAACAAAAAAGCUAUGGCACUAGAAUUUAAGAAAUGUUUUUGUUUCCUUUUUACCUUUUUCUUUCUUCCUUUUUUUUUCUUUAUUUUUAGUUUUGUUGUUUUUGUACUACAUGAAGAACUGUUUUUUGCCUGCUGGUACAUUACAUUUCCGGAGGCUGGGUGAAUAAUAGUUUUCCCAGCCUCCCUUGGAUGGUGGCCUUAAGGCCAGGUAGUGCUUCAGGAGCUCCACUGGUUGGAUCUCUAGCUACUGGCCUCUAAAUACAACCCUUCUUUACUACAAAAAAAAACAAACAAAAAAAUAACAAAAAAAAAUUAAUUU